AAACCUACACUGUUGUAGGGCCUGACUUUACUUUCACCACCACUGAAAGUUCCAUCCCGCCUGCUAGUGAGAUUCCUUCAGGAGUUGUGGUCUAUGGUCCGUCCACUACCGUCACCGGAAAUCAGCCCUAUGUUACCUACACCAUUGUAGGCAGCACAUUUACCUUAACUUUAACCACAGCGCAAGUUCAUACCACUAUUCCUGCUGGAAUCACAAUUUACGGCCCCUCCACUACAAUUGUUGGUGGAUUCUCAGAAUCCACUACAUCCGAUGCAUCUCUAACCAGUACACCAUCGGUUUCCAGUAACGUUCCAAUUUCAACGAACACUUCAACUUCAGGAAGUACAACAGCAUCUUCUACAUCGAGUAUCACGUCUAAUGCAGCAG